AUGAUCAAAAAUGCCCUGCUUUUGAAUAUCAUUCAAAUGACAUUUUUCAUUAAAAUGAAACUUCCACAGAUUAGUGGACCAAAAGAAAUGCCGUACCAUAAACACCCCAAAUUGUGUUCAUUCAUGCGUUUCCUCUCACCACGACUUUCAACAAAAAGUGAGGCGUCUUCUUACAAGUCGACUUUAAUACGAAUUCUGGGCAUAGCCAGCGCAUAUCGGAAAUUGAGUCAUGCUAGAAGUAUUCUUUGCGGACCUAACGCAUACAAGGGUCAAAUGACACCACUUUCAUUGCUAUCGACCGUUGGCUACUUACUUGUCAACUUUCAAUUUUUCAACGAAGGAAAAUGUUUCACGAAGAUCCGUAAAACCGACGAAAAACCAGAAAACAUCUACAUAUCAUAG